GUUCUUUAGAACAAUCGCCAUCUAUAACAGACACAACAGAUACACCAUGGUUGAAAAGAAUCCCACAGAGUAUGAGGACAAACCUCCUCAAUACCAGCCCUACCAGGCUCCCUCAGGCCCUCCUCCCUCGCAGAGCAACGACAGAGGCCUCUUCUCAUCACUACAGCCUCCAGCUAGCGAGUACCAGAACCAGUACCAGAACCAGAGCUACCAACAGACCUAUCCAAACAAUUACCAACAGAACUAUCCUCCUCAGGGCUAUCCUCCUCAGAACCAGGGAGGCUACUAUGGUCCUCCUCCAGCUGGCUACUACUCUCAACCCCAGCCCAUCUACAUCCAACAGGAAACUCGAAGGCCCAGCAACACUGACAGCUUUUUGGCUGCCUGUUUGGCUGUUUGCUGUGCCUGCUGUAUGCUUGACUUUUUGUUCUGAUUAAUAUUCUCCAAUUUCUUGUUUCUUGCUGUCUGUCUCCCCUGAAUGCUCGUUAUCAACUAAUACCAUCACUAUUAAUUUCCCUUGUCAUCUCACUGUUCAGUUCCCUUUAUCCUGUUUUAUUUUGUUUAUUUUGUUCAUCUAUUCAUAUAACUAUGUACUUGUUUUCUACUUCUAUCUAAUAUAAUUCUAUUUAAUAUAAUUUUAUUUAAUAUUGUUCAGCUUCUUGUAUUGAUUUUCUCUCGAUUCA